AUGGACAGACAGGUCUCAGUGAUCCGCGCGGAGCGGCAGCGCGAGACCGGAAACCGGAGCUACAGACGAGAGUCCGUGCACGCGCAGCAGCUGACGGCAGGUGGGCAGGCUCCUCCCAUCGCAGGUGGUGAGGUGGUGGUUCAGCCUGGAGAGACGCUGACGCUCAACGGCAUCGAGAACGUUUCCUUCCUCUCACACGGCACGGCAGAGGACUCGGCCUGCAGCGGUGCUUUCCGCUCUGGUCAGAAGGACUUCGUGCUGGACGCAGAGGACGCAGUGAAGGAGGGAGCGGUUCUGCUCUCCAGCACACACGCUCUCUCUGCAGAGGCGUGCAGGCUGGCGUGCUGCCAGGACGCUCGCUGCAACGUAGCGCUGAUGGAGCCGCGCCGCAGCGCAGCGGCAGACGCUCACACCUGCGUCCUCUUCGACUGCGUCCACAGGAACCGCUUCGUGUGCAGGUUCGUGAACCAGGUCGGAUACCUGAGCUACAUCCUGGGGUCCGUGUACGCGCAGCACCUGGCAGGACCGCAGGCGGCAGGUGGGCAGGCUCCUCCCAUCGCCAUCGCAGGUCGUGACGUUGUCGUUCAGCCCGGAGAGACGCUGACGCUCAACGGCAUCGAGAGUCUGCCGCUGGACGACGCUCACAUCAGCACCUACAGCUGGAAACAGAAGGACGGAGCGGCCGGCGUCACCAUGGAGCAGACUGAUCUACCUGACCAGGUGCGGCUCUCCAACCUGCAGCCGGGCUCAUACGUCUUCCAGCUGACCGUCACCGACUCCAACGACCAAUCGGACGACGCCGAGGUCACCGUCCUCGUGCUCGACCCGGAGCAGUCCAGCAAGUACUGUCGGGCUCCGGUGAAGGUGGGUCCGUGCCGCGCUGCGUUUCCUCGCUGGCGUUACGACGCUGCGACGGGCGACUGCGUGCAGUUUGUGUUCGGAGGCUGUAAAUCAAACAACAACAACUUCCUGUCCAAAGCCGAAUGUUUGUCCGCCUGCAAAGGAGUCAAAGUGACAUCAGAGAGAGCCGUCCCUCUGCCCGCUGCAGAGGUGUGUGGGUCUGCGUGUCUUCCUGGUCAGCUGGUCUGCGGCGGCGGCUGCUGUUUGGACAGAAGUCUGGAGUGUGACGGCACGGCGCAAUGCAGCGACGGAUCGGAUGAAAACCACUGCAGCAAAUUGAAUCAGACCUUCUCUCGGCUGCUGAGCAUCGAUGUGAACCAGAGGAAAGCUCGGUGCGCGGAGCCCCCCCGCACCGGCCCCUGCAGAGCCAGUCACACCCGCUGGUACUACGACCCUCUGAACAGGAAGUGCCUCCGCUUCACCUUCGGAGGCUGCGACGGAAACGACAACAACUUCGAAACCAUCGAGAAGUGCAGCGAAACCUGCGACGGAGUGACGGAGCGUCACGUGUUUUCUAGAGGAAUGUUUGAACGCUUCGAAGAAGAAGAAGACGACGAUGACUCAGGCUCCAUAGCGCUGGCCGUCGUCUUGUCGGUAGCCAUUUUGGCUCUGCUGGCGAUCCUCACCUACUGCUUCCUGAAGUCUCGGCGGGAGCGUUCACAUCGGCCCGUCGCCACGGCAACGCUGCCCGAGCACGACACGCUCGUCUACAACAGCACCACCAAACCUGUAUGA